AUGGAUUUACGACCAGCAAUACGUAAUUUGAUUUCUGUUGUUUCUAACUUUAUUACAGAACCAAAAUUGAAAGCAUAACUUGAUUAACUCUAUAUGUUAACUAUUAAACUUGAUACUAAUAUGGAGGAUAUUGAAAGAUAAAUGAUUAACUUAGGAAAAAAUAAUAAGACUCAUCAUAGAAUUAAUUCCUAACCUAUUGUAUUGACUUCACCUAUACAUAAUAAAGUGUAAUUAAUGUCAGGAGUAAAUGUACCUGCAUUUUCAGGUGGAAUAUCUACUAAAGCAAUCAGUUUUGGAAGUAGAAUUCAAUAUGUAACUCCUAAUAGAGAAAAAGAAGAAAAACAAAAAAAUAAAUCAGAUAGGCAAAUCUCUUUUAAAUUUGAAACAACUAAACCAUCAACCAACAUUAUCACAGAAUUUAAGCUUAUUGACAAAUAAAAUGUGGAUAUAAAUCAAAAAAUCAAAUUAUAUUCUGAAAUGCCCCAAUCAUAUAAUGUGGUUCCAGUUUUACAAUCAGAUUUAGAGACAUAUUCCUAAAAUAAAAUAACUUUGAAAAGUGUACCUAUUAAAUAUGAUAAUUGUUCCUAAAAAUAUGAAGAAGAAUUAAUAGAGAAACAAUAUGAUUAGAGUAAGAUUUCAGGUAGAAUGUUACAUCAUAUUAAUCAGAAUAUGAAGGAAAUGAAAAUAAACACAUUUAAAUUAAUAAAAGUAUUUGAGAAUACACAUGAGAUAAAGACUCAAUCAUCAUUAUUAAAUUGUAGUUAAUUAGAUACAUCUUUCAAUUCACCAUUUAGAAAAUAAUAAAAUGUAAGAUGAAUUUCUAUACAUAUUUAUAGCCUCUUUUUAAUGGAAUUCGCGGCAAAAUUACAGAUUAAGAUUUAAAUAAUAUAUAAUAAAAUUUUUUAAUGAAAAAGCUUAUUGUCAAAGCUAAAUAGAAUGAAUAAAUUGAAUUUGAAAUACCAAAUAUGAAUAUAUUUUAUGUAACAAGUGUUUAAGGAUGA